UCAUCGCUUUUAUGAAAACCAGACCGUUCUGUAUUGAGGAUAGAGGCAAUGGGACCUGUGCAUUGAUCUACGCUGUAUUUUUUUUUUUUUUGUAAAUACAAUCACGUGGGAGGCGAGAGCCAAUGACAAGCAUGAGAGGCUGAAAAAAUAAUUACCUGCCCUGAUUGUUCUAUGAGCAGAUAAAAAGUACACAUACAGUUCAUACAAUAAUCUUAUGAAUGUAAAAGAAGGGGAAACAAUGUCUGCGUCUGGUCCCAUCAGCAACUAUUAUGUGGACUCUCUGAUCAGCCAUGAGAGUGAAGACCUCUUGGCUUCUAGGUUCCCUACCACUGGGGCUCACCCAGCAGCUGCAAGACCGACAGGAUUAGUACCGGACUGUGGAGAUUUUCCUUCUUGCAGUUUUGCCCCGAAACCUGCAGUUUUUACCACCUCAUGGGGUCCUGUGCACUCUCAGUCUUCAGUGGUCUAUCAUCCUUACAGCCACCACCAGCCACACUUGGGUACAGAUGCAAGGUAUAUGCGCACUUGGCUGGAGCCCAUCUCAGGGACGGUGUCAUUCCCAGGGUUUGCAGCAAGCAGCAGGCACUACGGGCUCAAGCCUGACGCCUUUUCCAGCAGAAGGGAGUGUGGCCCCGGCGAUGGCCGCAGCUAUCCGGAUUACAUGUAUGGAUCCCCCGGCGACCUCAGAGACAGGCCACCUCUACACACCAUUCCUUCCCCGGAAUCUGAGGCCAUCCUUUCUAGCAAACACAAAGAAGACAAGUCUGAAUUGGACCCGAAUAACCCAGUGGCAAAUUGGAUUCAUGCUCGCUCCACGAGGAAGAAAAGGUGUCCUUAUACAAAGUACCAGACUUUGGAACUAGAAAAGGAGUUUUUAUUUAAUAUGUACCUAACCAGGGACCGGCGUUAUGAAGUUGCCAGGGUUUUGAAUCUUACUGAGCGCCAGGUUAAAAUUUGGUUUCAAAACAGAAGAAUGAAAAUGAAGAAAAUGAACAAGGAAAAAACCGACAAAGACCAGCCCUAGACUCUGCUUACCACAUCUUCUUAUCAAUAACCUCGUUAUAACAGAUAUGUGAAGAAAACAUUUUGUUUCCCGUGGGCUCAAGCAUUACUUCAUAAUAAAAAUAGACUUCUAUUGACUAUGAAUGUGGACAUCGGUGUUUAGAUUAGAUAAUAAACACACACACACGCAUUGUAAAAGCACAUGCUUUUAUAAAAUGCAGAUU